AUGGUUAAAUCAGUUAACGUUGCAAUUAUCGGUUCUGGUGUUGUUGGAUCAUCAUACAUCACCCAAUUGAAAAACUUGAAAAGCAAUAUUGGUUUCAAUGUUGUUUACUUGGCUAAAACUGUUGAAGAAGCUUUAUACAGUAAAGAUUACAAACCAGUUGAUUUAGCAAAUUAUGAAACUGCCCCAACUGAAAAGACUUUAUCAUUGGAUGAAUUGGUCAAAUUUUUAAAAGGCGCCAAUAAACCAACUAUUUUAGUUGAUAACACUUCAAGUCAAGCUAUUGCUAAUUAUUAUCCAACUUUUAUUAAAGAAGGUAUUUCAAUUGCUACUCCAAAUAAAAAAGCCUUUUCAUCUGAUUUGAAAUCAUGGAAAGAACUUUUCCAAACUGCUGAAUUACCAGAUGCUGGUUUGGUUUAUCACGAAUGUAGUGUUGGUGCCGCCUUACCAAUUAUUUCUCCAUUGAAAGAUUUGAUUGCUACUGGUGAUAAAGUUGAUAAAAUUGAAGGUAUUUUCUCAGGUACUUUAUCUUAUAUUUUCAAUGAAUUUUCAACUUCUGAAAAAUCAAAUGUUAAAUUUUCAGAUGUUGUUAAAAAAGCUAAAGAAUUGGGAUACACCGAACCUGAUCCAAGAGAUGAUUUGAAUGGUUUGGAUGUUGCUAGAAAAGUUACCAUCUUGGCUAGAAUUUCAGGUUUGGAAGUUGAAGGACCAACUUCUUUCCCAGUUGAAUCUUUAAUUCCAAAACAAUUAGAAGGUGUUACCAGUGUUGCUGAAUUUAUGGAAAAAUUACCAAACUUUGAUGAUGAUAUUCAAAAAGUUAAAGAUGAAGCUUUUGCUGAAGGUAAAGUUUUAAGAUUUGUUGGUAAAGUCGAUAUUGGUGCUAACAAAGUUUCUGUUGGUAUUGGUAAAUAUGGUUUCGAUCAUCCAUUUGCUUCUUUGAAAGGUAGUGAUAAUGUCGUUUCUAUCAAAACCGAAAAAUACCCAAAUCCUUUGAUUGUUCAAGGUGCUGGUGCUGGUGCAGUUAUUACUGCUCAUGGUGUUUUGGCUGAUACUAUCAAGAUCGCCGAAAGAAUUGCCAACUAA